AUGCUGCCACAAACGCCUCCUGCGGCCUUUGCGAGGCCAAGCCAGGUCAUCCUAGGCUCCGUAGCACACCAUGAGGCACCCUCUCCAUCUGCAGCGCAGAAGCUCGAGCGCACAGCCUCACUGCCUCGAGAUCACAUUGCCAUCCUUGCAGGUCGACAAGCGCGCGACAGCCUUACUGCGCAGGCUAGCUUCGAUCAAGUCUGCAUCCUCUCCAGGGACCAGCGCUUUGACCAGGCCCUUCCCUUCUGGGAUGCCUUUUCCGGAUCACAGGACUUCGAUCGAUGCAUCAGCUGCAUUGCCAUCGGACUCUCCGCAGACCAAGACCACAUCCUGCUCGCCGCUGCCAUGGACCACCGCAUCGCAGUGUGGUACGCACCGGCAACCGCUUCGUCAUCUUCGCGCAGGUGGAAGGUACACUCCACCCUCACAGUCCAGGAAGGCGUCGUCACUACGCUUGAUAUUGUCAACGGCCAGCUUUUGUCAGGCUCGACGUCCAGCCUGGUGCUGUGGCGACUCGACUCGUCCGACAUUCCCAUCUGGAGACGCUUCUGGACUCGCUCCGUCCCUGCACCAAUCGCUCUUGCAAGAUUCUCCCCCGAUGCUACCAGCAUCGCUGCCAUCGCCAAAGGCGGUCAGAACAUCCUCAUCUGGCAGCAUCAGCCACGCUCAACAAGGCCUCCAGUCCUUCAGCAGCGCCUUUAUCAUGCGCGCUCUGUCAACACCUUCGUCUGGAGGCAGCCGCCAGAACCAAACAGUCAGACCGAUGUGCUCAUAUCCUACGCCUCUGACGGCGUGGCUCGUAUCUGGGCACCCGUCAUCGACGAGCCAACCCAGCUCCGACUAUGGUGCAGCGUCGAAGGCUCGACCAAUGCCGCGGCUGCGAAUCACGACAGUCAAGACGGUUUCGAGAGCUUCUACUUGGAUCCGUACAUCCUGUCAGCCGCACUGCGACUCAACCUCAGCAUCCUGCAGCGUGAGAUGCAGAUGAUCGACCUCGGCCUUGGCAGCUCGGCUCAGCUCGACGCUCACAAAGCAGAGAUGGACAUGGACCUCAGAAGAACUCGUAUCCAUCGCCUCGAGCAGCUAGCUAGCGAGACUCCGGAUAUGCUGGUAUCAUUCGACGCCGACGGCUUCAUGACCCUGACAGCUGUAGCCAACAUCGAUCGACGACCGCCCACUCUCCUGCAGGCCUUUACCGUCCUGCGCAUCCCCUCUGCACUUCCAGCAAAUCUCGGCACAGUCUGCAUGGCCAAAUUGCUUCCUCUCCACGUGGCUCCGGAUUCAGCCAGCGACGCUCCCAUGUUGACUUUGCAUCUCCAAUUCAAGGGCGGACAAUCGCUCACCUAUGCCAUCAAUCCAGCAACGUUCUUCGAUGGUCGAGGAUCGGGCAUCACUCUCGACACUUGCCAUCCCUGUGCGCCGCCAGCCUCGCUCAACGCCUCUCCCAACCAGAGGCGCACGCAUGCCAGCCGCAUCGAGAGGCUUACAAGAUCAGCGGAUGGCAAUCAUCUCGUCAGCUCGUCUAGGGCUAAAUCCAUCAGUUGGAACCUGGAUGCAUCGACAUCUCAGCUUCAAUUCAAUGACACGGUCCAAGAUGCAGCGAAGGUGGCGUCCUCAUCCGAUGCCUUGCUCACAGCUUACCUCCUCGCGAACGGAUCUGGAAAGGUCCGAAGCGCAACAGACGGCGCCGAGGUCCAAUUCGCGUGCCAGCCAGACGUACAAUUGCUAGUCCUGGGCUCCCUCGAUGGGGAUGACAUUCUGAUCGCGACGUCUGAUAUCGGCGUUAUACAUUCUUGGAAGAUUGAAUCGUCUCGAGACUUGCGUCUUGGACCGAAGCACGAGUCUCGCUUAUUUGGAGAAGACGCACCGACUCGGCGUCUUGCUGUCGUACAAUCAGCAGCGGAUUCGUCCAGCCAGCAAACCAACUUGGCUCUUGUCUCGAGCGAUACGUCGGGUCUCAUCGAGGUCCGGACGGCUCAGGCGGACACCACCACCGGGCUUCGUUGGGUCGUCAAGGCGUCCUUCUCCCAAGCAUCUCUUCCUCCGAAACUCAUCAGCUGCAGCUCAGACGGACUCAUUGCGCUGCUCUACUGCGAUGACCAAGAAGUCCAAACGCUCGUCAUUCUCAAUCCCAAGACCGCAUCGUUCAACUCUGGCCAGGAGUACCGCCAUUGCUUUGAAUCGGCGGAGAGGAUCAUCGCGUUGGACUGGUCGCCAUCGACGAGAUCCACCGGUGCGCUCGCAGUGGUCUUCGAACACCACGUCCGUGUCCUCUGCCCAGGCCGAAUUUCCAUGUUCGACGAGCUCGACGAGGGCAUGCGAACAUCAUGGCACGAGCUUGUUCGGUUGGACCUGCGCAGCUGCACGCCAAGCUCAAUUCGCGCAGCUUGCUGGCUCAAUUCGGAACAACUCGUUGUCGCUUCUGGCUCGGUGCUCUACGUCAACGGGCCUUGGAUCAACUCGAGCAUACAGGAGACGGCCAAGCAAGAGACGAAGCACCUUGCCGAGCUUUUAGCAGAGGUUGGCGGACCCGUCGUCCAGUACCACCCCGCCUUCCUGCUCCAGUGUGCACAGUGGGGCAAGAUGUCUGUUGCCAAGGCCAUUAUCGGCAACCUUGAGAAGGCCGCUUUAGCGUGCAACAAAGACGAAGUCGCCGAGACCUGGGGCUACGAGGAAAUUCCGAUCCACCAGGUGCUGCAAAAUGAUGCCUCAGGAGCUGCAAGCAAGGCCGCGGUGGCGGACAAACACGUAGAUCGACAAACUCACGUCUUUGACGACGAUAACGACUUUGACGCUCAAGCCGACGAAGAUCCGUUCGCGGCUGCACGCAUCGAAAAGCUGGUGCAGGUACUCCAGAACAUCCGCCCACCUCAUCUGACUCCGGCCGAUCUCGACGCGCUCGUGAGCAUCGUCAAGACGAUCGGCGAGACGGUCCGAGAGCACAGGACUCUGGACGCAUCGGGCGUUCGAUACUUCAUCGCCUUGCGGCACAUGACCAACGGCCGAGCAACCCCCAAGCCCGAUGGUACGGCCUCACAGACCGGUCUUGGAUACCGCGACUUCUCUUGGGCGCUGCACAGCGAGAAUCAAGAGACGCUGCUGGCUUGCGUGGAGCAAGCGUAUGGCAACAAGCUGGAUUGGUCUGCCGCGCGGGCGACGGGCAUCUUUGCAUGGCUCAAGAAUUCGCAGCUUGUGCGCACCCAAGCGGAAGCGGUGGCGCGCGCGCAGUUCAUGUCGAGCGAGGACCGCGAUCCAGUCAAGUGCUCGCUGCUCUACUACGCGCUUGGCAAGCACAAGGUGGUUCAGGGCCUGUGGCGGCAAGCGGUGUGGCAUCCGGAGCAAAAGAAGAUGCUCACUUUCCUCGCAAAGGACUUUGACGAAGAACGAUGGCGCACUGCGGCGCAGAAGAACGCCUUUGCGCUGCUCAGUCAGAGGAGGUACGAAUUUGCCGCGUCUUUCUUCAUGCUGGGCGACAGCUUGAGGGAUGCGGUGAAUGUGUGCGUGCGAAAUAUGGACGAUCUGGCCUUGGCGAUCGCGCUGGCCAGGAUCAAGGAAGGAGGAGACGAGGGGCCGGUCUUCAGGGAGCUGCUGCAGACGAGGGUGUUGCCAUUGGCAUUCGAGCGCGGUGAUCGCUGGAUGGGUAGUUGGGCGUUCUGGAUGCUCAAGCGGCGCGAUCUGGCGGUGCGAAUCAUCGUGACGCCGUUGCGGGAUUUGCUCGCCGAUCCGGGCGUUGCGAGCCUAGUCAAGGCCGGUACGACGUGUGGGGACGACAACCACAACGACCCUGCGCUGGCACUGCUGUUUGCGCAGCUGCGCUCCAAGUCGCUGCAGACCAUCAAGGGGCUGUACGACAUUCCGGAGAAGAAGAUCUUCGACUUUGUGCUCACCACCAACACGGCGCUGUGUCGUAUGGGGUGUCAUUCGCUGGGGCUGAGUCUGCUGCGCAACUGGCAGUUCGAACCGCCGAGCGUUACGAGUGCCUCGACGCUCUUCCACCGCGUCUCGAAGCACGAUCUGCAUACGCUGUCGCGAGUGGAUGAGGCCAUGCUCGAAAGCACCGAUGCCGCGCCGGGGCAGGCCGAAAACUCGACACUGCACAGACGCACUUCGCAGACCACAAUGUCUCCUCCAAGCAGUCCAAGGAUGGCAAGGCGACGCAGCAGCUUACUACAGCGCAGAUCGAGCAUCAUCAACGAUCUGGACAUUGCCAGUGUGCAAUCGGCGCAGACCGACACGGCGGGCAAACUUGGCAACGGCCUCGGGGUGGUCAAUGGCGACCAACCGCGGAGCGAAGAGCCGGUGGAUACAAACACCGCCCGCGAACCAACGAGCGAUGCUGCAGCGAAUAAGGACAAGCCCAAGAAGCAGGGCAUCAGCAUCUUCAAGAGCGCUGCGGCGAGCAACAGUCAACAGGGAGCUCAGGAGUUUGACUUUGGCAGUUUCGGCUUCUAG